CUUCUCUUGCUUCCCCCUCCGCCAUCUCCCGCGACUAUUCCAGCUCUCAAAGAAUUAUAUGGCGAUACUCUUACCCAAGUCCUGAAAGAGGCCGACUUGGCUUCCAAAGAAUCAGUCCAACCCUCGAUUCUUGAUGUUGCACUAGCUAUACCUCAUUUGACUGCACAAGCUUCUCUCCCGCGCGCAGAGCUCUAUGCGCCCACUCAAACUAUUCUUGCUGCCGUCUACAAACUUAUUUGUCUGAUCGCUGCUCAAGAAAACGUCAACGUCGAAGAUGCUGACGGUGUUGAUGUUCGUAUCCUUCCUGUCGCCUGGUCUCCUCAAUCUAGUUUUGAUGCUUCUGCACAUCCUACAUCCUACGGACCUGUACUCGAUUUACAGUCCCUUGCUGCCAGUCAACGCCCAUGGCAAUAUGCAUUUGGUGUAGAGAACGAUCAAGGAGAGGUCUUUGUCCGCGCCUUUGUCUCUGCUAAACAGGCUGCUGCUAAUCAUCAUUGCGACUGCCACCAUACGUCUGGAACAUCGAGACCUACCACAACCCCUCGCUUGACGACCAAGGAGCACCAUCAUGUCGCUGUUGGUGGCACUUUUGACCAUCUGCACAUUGGCCACAAGCUCUUACUCACUAUGACUGCUUUCUCCGUUGAUCAGACUCAGGCCGAGUCUAUCGUCACUAUUGGCAUUACAAACGAUGAGCUGCUCAAGAACAAGAAGUAUGCCGAACAACUUGAAAGCUGGUCUGACCGUCAAGCAUCAGUUCAUCGUUUCCUUGAUGCAAUCUUGAACUUUGCCACUGCUGAUGCCGCGGAUCCUGUCGUAGAAGAAGUGAAGGAGCCAGGCCCAAAUGGUCAUGCAGUCAAUGUCAAGUAUCCAAAUGGCCUGAGUGUCCGCUGCGUUGAGAUUGGUGAUCCAUUUGGCCCAACCAUCACUGAGAAAGACAUCUCCGCUCUCAUCAUCUCUGCAGAAACCAGGGCCGGUGGAAGUGCUGUCAAUGACAAGCGCGCUGAGAACGGAUGGCCCAAAUUGGAAGUCUUGGAGGUCGAUGUUCUGGAUGCCAAAGAGACGUCAAGUGCUGCAUCGCAGCAAAACUUUGAGGGCAAGCUUAGUAGCACUGAAAUCAGGAAGAAGCAGGCUCAG